AUGAUGGUGUCGGAGGACACGCCACUACACUUUCAAGAUGCUAAAUCGACUAUGUGGCACGGCCGUCGGUCACGGAUAAACCGGAUUAAGACAAUUGGCUUGUCAGUGAUUGCAUUGUUCUUCUUCUUUUUUACGCUGCGGUAUUCUUCAACACGAGUUGAACCGGACUUUUGGACCAAGUUUCCCUCACGUCAUCCUUUCCCCCAGCGCCCGGAAGACGCCCAGGUCAUCCUCCCUCCUCGCAUCGAUCUUAAUGUCAACGAUACCGUCCCCCAUGGCCUGGACAAGCCAAACCCGCGCCUGCAUGUCUUAGUCCCAGCCUCGCGGGGCUCGCGCGGAGUCUGCCGAACGCUUACGUCUGCCAUGAUCCUUGGAUAUCCGCCGCCUACAUUAGUCGGUUACGGACAUGACUCUCCAGGUGCGACCGAAGCCGAGCGCAUGGUGGACCGGAUCACGCGAGUGCGCAACUAUAUCCGAGACAGCAAGGCCGUGCAUGACCGCGACUUUGUGCUGAUGGUCGAUGGCGCAGACAGCUUCUUCCAGUUGCCGCCCAAGGUACUAGUGGAGCGAUUCCAGGCUAUCAUAAGGGCGAACAACCAAAAGCUGCAAAAGAAAUUUGGAUUCGCAGAAGUGGAGCGCCAAGAGCCUGGGGCUGCGCCUGAGGUGGUACAAAAAUACACUCAGCGCGUUCUCUUUGGAGCGAGCAAGAUAUGCUUCCCCGGGUUGCUGGACGACCCCGGUUGCGCAUCUGUCCCUGAGUCGACUCUGCCCCCGGAUGUGUAUGGCUGGAAGACUGAUACAUACCCGGAUGGAUCAUUAAAUCGACCCCGGUGGUUGAACCCCGGAGCAGUCAUUGGUCAGGCUGCGGAUCUGCGUCUGAUCUACGACGAGGUCUUGCGACAUGUUGAGCUGGGCUCGAACAAGUCUGGAGAUCACCUGGCCCUAACACAGAUGUACGGACGACAAGAGGUGGUUCGAGAACUGGAGCGGCGGCGAACAGGCAAUGACUUCCAAGAGUUGCUCUACCGGAUGGUGGGUAUCUCAGAUGCAGCCAACAUCACCGGACUGAGACUCCGGCUAGAGACAGGUCGCCGCUAUGAAUUCGGCAUUGGCGUCGAUUUCGAGUCACAACUCUUUUUCAACCAGAUCAUGUCCCGCAAGGACGUCGAGUGGGUCAAAUUCGGCAACAUCACCAAGAUGUCCGCGUUGCAGAUGGAACACGGUGUCCCGCGCGAACACCGCCUCCUCCUACCGCAGGAUAUAGCCAGUCUCCCCAACCCAUUCAUCCAGUCUCGCUUUGCAAAUGAGUCAACUCAGAGACCAGUGUGGAAUGCCACGCUGGACAAGCUCCCGAACCCGCGCGAACGCACCUGGCACAACAUCUCGCUAAUGACGAAUGUCCACUCCGCCUCGGUGCCGGUACUCGCCCAUCUUAAUGGCGACCCCAAGCUCCGCAACACGUGGUGGGAGAAUAUGUGGUUUUUCCCAUGGGGACGGGCACUAUUGCGCAAAUAUGUCCGCGACUCGCACGGGUUCGACGCAGCACAGUCAUCACUGCUAGGCGGGCAGGACUGGUUGGAGGUGCGCGGAGGUCGAGGUGGGGUCUGGACAGAUGAUGAGAACUGGAUCACUCUUUCUGAGGUCUGUAAUGGCCAAGAAAGAGAUCUCUUUGACGAUGACCUCGGACCCUGGGCUAAGGAAACCUAUGACCCAGAUGAUCCGGUUUACAAUCAGUAUGGAAGUCUCAUUGCUGGCAAGGAAGAGAAAUUCCCUAUCGAUGCCAAAUUCCCUUUCGAUGAAUUGAAAUUCGACUAA